GAUCAAAGGCGUUUGCAGCAGACCGCCCAGGAUAGCCGCGGAGUCACAGAGCUCUGCUUCUCCUUCUGUUCGCGGAUCGUAACGGCUUCAUAUCAAGAUGUUUACACCACGAGACUAGCCCGCAAAGAUCUGCCUUUUCUUCCGUUCUUCUCUGGCGAUAAACCAGGCGCGCGCGCAGUAAUGGGAAGACGCGGCGUGUUUUCAUUAGGUCACAUUUCCGAAGAAUGAUCCAUCCAUCUGUCGAUCACGUUUUACGAGCACAGACAUCCUUCUUCACGCAUUGGACGUAGACUUUCGGAGCACAUGAGAGUUUUGAGCAUACACGGUGCUUAAACAGAGCAAACCAACAGUUUUUUAUAAACACUUGGACCGAAUUUCAGGGUCUCGUCGCUUCGCUGACUCUCUUGAUUUGAUCUCUGGAUGUAUUUUUGCAGCUCUUGUGUCCUGGAGUGGUGUGCACCGUGCCAAACGCGCACAGAUGUUGUGAAAUAACCCAUGAUGUUGCAGUUUUGGGGGUUUUGGCUGAGAUGUGUCAUAUUUCAUUCACUAAACUUUAGUGUUGCUCUGUUUGGCCAUGAGUCUUCAUCAUCAUCAUCAUCAUCAGUAGCAGCAGCAGCAUCAUUAGAAAGCAUUUGUGUGUAACCACGUUGAUGCUUGCCUUUUAAUUUUAAUAUUCACGAAUGUGACACUUUCAGUUCAGAAAGCUUCAGUUUAGUCUUCUAGUUGCGCAUCAUCUUCAGAAAGCUGUAUGAUUUUAGGGACGUGGCAUGUAUUGCGAUUGAUGUGUGAUACAUGCAUGACAUUAUUGGCCACUUUAAUGCUGCUUUAAGUUCAUAAAGCGUCAUCAUCAUCUUCAGUGUGUUUGCAGGCAUUUAAUAUGCAACAUUGACACAUGUUGGCUGUGCAUACUAAUAUAUAUUUCACAAAUGCUGCUUUAACUUUUUAAAAGUGCAUUUAUGUUCAUAUACACGCGUAAUACCAUCAUUGCCAUUUUCAGAAAGCAGUGUGUUUGCUGGCACUUUGCUUGCUUUUGAGGCGUUUUAAAAUUCAUUAAUGUAAUGUCUUUUGGCUGAGCAUAUCAUUAUAUGCUACUUAAAUGCUGCUUUAACUUGAUAGAGUACAUUUAAGUCCAUAUAGUUUCAAUUUCGUGUCCUAGAUGGGCAUUAACAGUGCGUAGAUUGGUUUGGCUGUGCUUAACACUUUGUUGCUCUGGCAUUUAAGACCUUAGUCUCAUCUCGGUCUCCCAGAUGAGAUGUUGCAUGACUGCUCUGACACUAAAGGAAGCUGGUUUUGAAGCCGUGAGCGCGCAAUGACGCUGUUGUUGUGCGCAGAUGUGUUGACGCCACCUGUGGUCUCUUAAAUCGAUCGAUUCAGGAAGAUUUAGGCUCUUUGACCAGGAGAGAGUUCAGUUUGCACGGCUGCCGCGUCGCUUGUGCUAUCUAAGCAAGUUUAGGUGUGUAUCGUCGUGCGUCACGCGUAAGUGGAGAGUUUAAAUGGUGUUCCGAAAGUUACCCGGUGUUUCAGCAUCGGGCAUGGGGCUUCGUCUGUCUCAGAAAUUCGUGUUUCUGUUGUUCCUGUCGGGGUUGGUUACUCUGUGCUUCGGGGCACUCUUCUUUCUCCCCGACAGCGUGCGCCUCAAGCGCAUCUUCCUCUCCAAGAACGAGAAUCCCGCGGUGACAGUUGGCUCCGACAAUGAGCUUUCCAAAAAGGUGCCAGGGGAUCCAGAGCAUCUGCGGGCGGGUUUAAAAGGGGGCGAGGGGGCGAAUGUCAAGCUCAAAGUGAGCCGCAAGCCCUCGGUCACCCAUGGAGCGAGAACCGUGGAGAGAUCUGUUGGGAGUAGAGCGCAGGACGAGAGGAGUCCGGCGAGGGCGCAGGAACCGGCGGCCAGAGACGAGCGGGUCACCUCGGCCGCUCAUAACGGGGAACGCGCCAGCGCUUACAGCUAUGAGGCGUUUAAAAAGUGUCUGCUCAAACCAGCUUUGGGGAAGAACAAGGGAACUCCAUCGGAUUCCGAGACGCUUCAGCGGAGGGAGAAAGUUAAAGAGAUGAUGAAGUUUGCCUGGGACAACUACAAACGUUACGCUUGGGGACAGAAUGAACUUCGACCUCUGACCAGGAACGGACACAUCGGGAAUAUGUUUGGCGGACUCAGAGGCGCUUCAAUCGUGGAUUCUCUGGACACGCUGUACAUCAUGGGUCUGAUGGAGGAGUAUGAGGAAGCCAAGGAAUGGGUCCAAAACAACCUGAACCUGAUCUCGAAUGGAGAGGCGUCACUGUUCGAGGUGAACAUCCGUUACGUUGGCGGACUUCUCUCUGCGUACUACCUGACGGGAGCUGAGAUAUUUAAGCAAAAGGUGGUGGAGCUGGGUGAGAAGUUGUUACCAGCCUUCAACACACCCACCGGCAUUCCCAGAGGAGUCAUUAACCUGGGCAGCAGUGGCACCAGCUGGAGUUGGGGCUGGGCAUCGGCUGGCAGCAGCAUCCUGGCAGAGUUCGGCACGCUGCACCUGGAGUUCCUUCACCUGUCCCAACUCUCCGGAAACCCCCUGUUCACAGAGAAGGUGAUGAACAUCCGAAAGCUGCUGAACAAAAUUGAGAAGCCUCACGGUCUGUAUCCCAACUUCCUGAGUCCCGUCAGCGGCAACUGGGUACAGCAUCACGUGUCUAUCGGAGGUCUUGGGGACAGUUUCUACGAGUACCUGAUCAAAUCCUACCUGAUGUCAGACAAGACGGAUCAGGAGGCCAAGAAGAUGUACUACAGCGCCAUGGAGGCCAUCGAGACGAACCUGGUGCAGAAGUCUCCGGGUGGACUGACGUAUGUGGCCGAGUGGCGAGGAGAUGGGCAUCUGGCCUGUUUCUCCGGCGGGAUGAUUGGGAUCGGCGCUGACGACGGCCCGGCGGAACAGAAGCAGCACUACCUGGACCUAGCCGCUGAAAUCACUCACACCUGCCACGAGUCCUACAGCCGCUCAGCCACCAAACUUGGUCCGGAGGCGUUCCGCUUCGAUGCAGGAGCCGAGGCCACAGCCACCCGACUGAGUGACCGCUACUACAUCCUGAGGCCAGAGGUCAUCGAGAGCUACAUGUACAUGUGGCGUUUGACCCACGACCCCAAAUACAGGCAGUGGGGCUGGGAGGCCGUGGAGGCGCUGGAGAAGCACUGUCGUGUAGACGCGGGUUUCUCAGGAAUCAGAGACGUGUACGCCUCCACAGUCAGUCACGACAACAUGCAGCAGAGCUUCUUCCUGUCCGAGACACUCAAAUACCUGUACCUGCUGUUCUCGGACGAUGAUCUCCUGCCGCUGGAGGACUGGGUGUUUAACACAGAGGCUCAUCCGCUGCCCGUUAUACGCAAGACAUGCCUGCAGGAGCACGGAGCCAAACAAGACCAUGGACAGACCGACCUGGAGUAGAAUUUACCAUCACACACACACACACACACACAUGGAUUCAACCUCACGGGUCCUGACAUGGAUUCUCAGCUCCUUUCCUGUAAAGGAUCUCUUAUAUACAUAAAUAUAUGCUGUGAUUGUAUAUCUCUGAGCCGAGGCUUCCCGCUCUCCUCGGCGGAUGGAAGCUGGCGCAAUUUUCGGUGGACAAUCAGUGAAACGUGACUUUCAUGAGAAGAGCACCUUUUUUUCUUUGCUUCUUU